UGAUGGAAACAACUCCACCGCAGCGGGUGCGUCAUAUUCUCCAUUUGGUGCUUGUGCUUCAUCUACAACUUCUCAGAAUUUUACAUCGGGGGAAGUAGUGAACAACAGCACUGCUGGAACAACGUCGUCCUGGCUGCGUAGCUUUCUGCAUAUGAAUACUGACCAAGAAGCGAGGGAUCGUGUGACGUUCCAAGAUAUGCUGAUACCGAGAGACAAUGAACCACUCGAGCGCCUUGCUGAGCUGGAUGGGCUCAACAGACGGUAUCAGGGCUACUUUUUCCACGGGACUUUUACCGAAUUCACGGACAAUCUAGCAGCACCACGUGAUUCAGAGACAAUCUUAAGGCCUGCUGCGUGAAGAACAAGUUAAAUCUAAAUAUAUAGUUGGUAAUCUUUCUGACCUUUUCAUAGAGAACAUGAACGUCAGAGCCCUUGAAAGAGAUCCCACGAAGGACAAAGCUCUUGAAAGAGUAAACAGAGAAGUUAUUUCUAAAAUUAAUUAGGUCGUAUCUCUCUGUGGACCUCCUAUUACUGAAGUUGUAUGGAACAAUAGGCCUAGGUAAGAACUGCUGCCUGUUUUGAGUGUUGUAAAAAUAUUAGAGCGACCUCCUCUAACAAAACGACGCAUGGAACGCAUAGUAUCCUUGGCGGAAAAGAUUUACAAAAGCAAAGACGUCCUAUCUCAAGGACGAGACCGCCGUGGGAUCGAUUCUACAAACCCGCACUGGCGGCAGCACUUGCGCCGACGCUUAGUCUUCGAUCGGAUUCGGAAGAAGGAAAUCAUAGCAGAAACCAGAUACGACAGAAGGGAUCCUGAUCACAUCGCACACGAGAAGUUUUCUGAGGGACGCAGCAGUCCCAUGGUUCAAAUUCGUCCCCGCGGGCUCUUUUUCGAGAAGGGUGCAGCGAGCCGGAUCCGCGAUAUCCUCACGCUUGGUCUACAACACGACAACGGUGGACUCAUCAGGACUCGGCACGGAAGGAUGUAUGGUGAC